AUGGCUGACGCGGCAUGGGCGUCCUUCUUGGGCGGAGGUGCCGCCGAACCCCCGCGGCAGAGGCGGGGCGGCGGCAGCGCCGAAAACGGGGACAAGAUCAAGGAGCUCUUGUCCAUCCUCGUGAAAUUGUGCCUCCAGACGAAGCAAGAGGUACGCAUGCUCAUGGCAGUCGUGUUCAUCUGCUUCCGGGUUGCAACGGACAGCACGGCGGCGCAGGGGGUCCGGAAGGCGUACAAGAUCCACGCCGACCGCACGAAGGGCAAGAGUGGCCAUGACGAGGGCGGCCCAGACCCAUGGGCAUUCAUAGUGUUGCUGAUUGAGGCCAGCACGUCAGAGCACAUUGAAGAAGGAGACCUUGCGAAGAUCCGGACUUUCCUCGCGGCUCACCCGCCGCCCAGUGACCCCAGAGGCGGGCCGGCAAGCGACGAGCUCCAGGAGGCCGUGAAGCUCUUCAUUCGUGUGCACCCGAAAUACGUUGAGCUAGAGAAUAUCGUGAUCAAGCACUUCCGGGGCAUGAAAUGCAAGCAGUACUUCGGCCAGGCCCCCCGGGGAGCCCUGGAGAGGAGGGCCCAGGACCUCUUCAAGGACCUCAACCUCGAUCUGGGAGAGGGCGGGGCGGCAGGCGGCCCUGCCGCUGGCGCCCGCGCGGUGCCGCGCGAGGCGAGCGCGGGCGCGCGAGCGGCCCGGGCGGAGGGCGCCGCUCGCAGGCGGCCCGCGAUGCGCGCCCCCGGCCGCGACGGCGCGGGCAGGAGCCAGCGCGAGCACCAGAUAGAGGGCCACCUGCAGGAGAAGAUCCGGACAAGGUAUCCCACACUGCGCUCGGCCUUCAGGGCCAUCGACCGCAGCAACAACGGGUACAUCUCUGAAGCGGACUUCGCGGAGGCCCUGCGGCGGGUGUUCUUGCCGACCCUCGCGCUCGCGGACGCCGACGUCGCUGCCGUAGCCCGGCGCUUCGACCUCAACGGCGACGGCUUCGUCAGCUUCCACGAGUUCGCCACCCGCAUGGAGGGCCGGGACUGCGAGGGCGCGGCGCGGGCGGAACCGCACCGCGAGGCCAGCGAGCUGAAUUCGCAGGCCGACAUGGCCAUGCAGGCGCUGCGGCAGUCGCUGGACAUGAAGUUUGCCACCCAGCGGGAGGCGUUCCUGUCCCUGCCCAAGGACGCGAAGUCCGCGCUGGACGAGGCCUCGGUGCGCGACGCGCUCCGGAGCCGCAGCAUCGACCUGCCCCCGGCGCAGCUGGAGCAGGUGUGGCGGCGGCUCGGCGGCGGGGAGGCCGCCAAGACCGUGUCGUACCGGGACUUCUGGCGGAAGAUGUCGAACGGAUCGCGGUUCGCCGGCCACCUCGACCGGCAGAUGUUCCGCGACCCCGAGGACGCCCUCGCCGAGGAGCCCCGCGCGGCGGGCGCGGCGAGCCCGGAGGCGGAGGCCCCGAGGGCGCUGGAGGGCGCCGCGCUGGAGGGGCUCCUCGGGGACCUCUGGGCGGACCUGCGGGCCGCCUUCGACCG